AUGGUAGACUCGCUGGAUGAGCGUAUUGGCACCAUUGGCGACCAAACAAUCAGAGUAGAAAAAGCCAUUCGUACUAUUCGUGAUGACUCUGUUCUUCUUCUUGAGCGACUUGAGGCUGACAUCCCUACCAACUCUUGCAUGAAGACAUUAGUGGGUCACACUGAUUCAGUUGAAUGUGUGCAUUUUGAGUCGCCGCGUGCUCUAAUGGUUUCUGGAUCUGCAGACAAGACUGUUCGUGUUUGGGACUUGACAACAUAUGGCUGCGCUGCUGUUUUGACUGGUCACACUGGCUGGAUCAGAGCAGUUCAAGUUCGUGGAACAACAGUGAUUUCUGGCUCAAGCGAUCAUACCCUUCGACAGUGGAAAGUGAAUGGCGAAAAGCCAUAUCAAGUGAUUCAUGGUCAUUCAGGCAGUGUUAACGGAGUAUGGUUUGAUGAUGAUCAGCUUAUUACCGGAAGUGCGGAUCGCACAGUCAAAGUAUGGGAUCUCCGGAACAAUAUUCAGACGCCAUCUAUAUCACUGUGCGAAAUGAGAGUGGGAGGAUCUGUUACUGCAAUUGCGUGUGAUCGUACAAGAGUGAUAGUAGCAUGCGGGGAAGUGGGCGUGGCUCUUCUUCGUAGGAAUACCACUGGACAAGCCCUACUAAGUCAUUGUACGACAUUGGUAGGACACGAUCGACCUGUGGGUGCUGUUAGAGUGGUUGGUGAUACCUUGGUUUCUGGUGCAAUGGACCAGACUGUUCGUGUAUGGCGAGUAGAGAUUUGA